AUGCAUUUCAAGUCUUACGUGACCGCCGCCCUGUAUGGGUUGCCUGCCCUUGCACAGGCCGUCCCGUCGCCUUCUUCUUCGCGCGCGUCGGCUCCCUCGCCGUCGGCUGCUAGCUCAAAUGAUCACUUCAAGAGCUACACCAUCAAGGCUGAGAACAUCACCGCCAAGCUUAUUCCUUACGGCGCGACUCUCACCUCCUUGACAGUCCCCGAUCGUGAUGGCAAUGUCCAGGACGUGGUUGUGGGCUAUGAUGACCCCAUCGAGUAUCUGCACGACAGUGAGACCAAUCGCACCUUCUUCGGCGCGGUUGUCGGUCGUUAUGCCAACCGCAUCAAGAACGGUACCUUCACCGUCGACGGCAAUACCUACCACGUUCCUGAGAAUGAGAAUGAUGGCGUCGACACCCUUCACGGUGGCUUCACUGGCUAUGACAUGCGCAACUGGACAGUCACUGCGCACAGCGAAUCUGCCAUCACCUUCAGCUUGCUCGAUCAAGGCUUUGAAAACUUCCCUGGUGAUGUGAUCACUCAUGCCACUUACAGCGUCUCCACUGAGACCAGCCCAGAGAACCCCAAGGGUCUUCCUCAGCUGACUACCAAGCUGGUGUCUCUCGCACUGACUGAGAAGACUCCUAUCAUGCUAGCCAACCACAUCUACUGGAACUUGAACGCGUUCAAGGAAUCCAACGUCCUGAAGGAUACCCUUCAGCUGCCUCUCUCCAAGCGCUAUAUCGCCGGAGACAGCAUUCUUAUCCCCAACGGCACCAUCUCCGACGUCGACAACACCUACUCGGGCUCAUUGGACUUUACCAGCCCCAAAACGAUCGGCAAGGACAUUGAGAAGACCACCGGUCUCUGCGGCGCCGGCUGCGCCGGUUACGACACCUGCUUCUUGGUCGACCGUCCCACUUCGAACGCCCCCGACUCCAUGAUCACCGCCGUCCGUGCCUCGUCCGACAGCACUGGUAUCAGUCUCGAUGUCGCCACCAACCAGGCUGCUGUCCAGAUCUACACCUGCAGCGGCCAGAAUGGCAGCAUCGCCACCAAGAAGUCCCAGGCUAAGCGCAACAAGGCAAACGGCGGUGACGCUGGUGCCACCACAAUUAACAAGUACGGCUGCUUCGUUAUCGAGACCGAGGACUGGAUUGAUGGCAUUAACAACCCUGAGUGGGGUCGUGUUCCCUACCAAGUUGCCGGGCCUGAUGAUGGCCCUGUUGUCAACUGGGCUACGUACCAGUUUGGUACUAUCUAA